GAAAAAAGGAUGUGAAAAGAUGCUACUCGCUUUUGGCCUCCCGGAGGUGGCGCUAUGAGGGUGACGGAGUUAAUUAGUGCCUCCAAACGCCGUGUGUGAGCUCAUCGAAGUCAUGAUCUGUACACAUAUUAUUUAUAGCAGAUCUGAGGCAUGCAUGGUGUUUGACAUUUCUGCCUUUUUAAGUAGGGGGACUUCAAAGAGUCGUGGGCAUCCCCCUAGGCAAAGUGCAGUGGGCAGGGACCAGGGUGCGGGCGCAAGGCGAACGCGCAGACCACGAGUGUCCUGGCGCAGGUGCCGGGGGCGGCGGCUGCAACUCCGCAGCGUCCGCUCGGGAGGAGAGUUCGCGGCUGAUCUCCGGAUGCCUUGCAGAUGCAAAAUGUGUCUCUGGCCAGCAGGAGGAAGGAAGAGGAAGUGAGAGCAGCGGCAGCCGCGGUACAGCAGCCGGUCGACCCAGAGUGUAAGUGCGUGUGCUGGGGCGAGCGGGAGCGGGCGAGGAUGGGCACAGGAUAGAGGCAGAGCCACCCACGCCGCCGCGGCCCCACGCUGGGCGACAGAGCCUCCAGUUCCCCUUCAAUGGUGGCGGGUCGCCGGAGCUCUGAUCGCCGGGAACCCUUGCCGCUGCUGUCCUGCGACCCCAAGCAGGUAUAGACACGUGCGGCCGUUUACGCUGUAGGAUCCCCAGUCCCACUGGCUUUGAACAUUUUGGGGACUUACAAUGCCGCCACCCGCGGACAUCGUCAAGGUGGCCAUAGAAUGGCCGGGCGCCUACCCCAAACUCAUGGAAAUUGAUCAGAAAAAACCACUGUCUGCAAUAAUAAAGGAAGUCUGUGAUGGGUGGUCUCUUGCCAACCAUGAAUAUUUUGCACUGCAGCAUGCCGAUAGUUCAAACUUCUAUAUCACAGAAAAGAACCGCAAUGAGAUAAAAAAUGGCACUAUCCUUCGAUUAACCACAUCUCCAGCUCAGAACGCCCAGCAGCUCCAUGAACGAAUCCAGUCCUCGAGUAUGGACGCCAAGCUGGAAGCCCUGAAGGACUUGGCCAGCCUCUCCCGGGAUGUCACGUUUGCCCAGGAGUUUAUAAACCUGGACGGCAUCUCUCUCCUCACGCAGAUGGUGGAGAGCGGCACUGAGCGAUACCAGAAAUUGCAGAAGAUCAUGAAGCCUUGCUUUGGAGACAUGCUGUCCUUCACCCUGACGGCCUUUGUUGAGCUGAUGGACCAUGGCAUAGUGUCCUGGGAUACAUUUUCGGUGGCGUUCAUUAAGAAGAUAGCAAGUUUUGUGAACAAGUCAGCCAUAGACAUCUCGAUCCUGCAGCGGUCCUUGGCCAUUUUGGAGUCGAUGGUGCUCAAUAGCCAUGACCUCUACCAGAAAGUGGCGCAGGAGAUCACCAUCGGCCAGCUCAUUCCACACCUGCAAGGGUCAGAUCAAGAAAUCCAAACCUAUACUAUUGCAGUGAUUAAUGCACUUUUCCUGAAGGCUCCCGAUGAGAGGAGGCAGGUUGAUGUAGAGAGCAAUGUUGACAUCCUUGAUUGUCCUCUGACUGAGAUGGCGAAUAUUUUGGCUCAGAAGCAACUGCGUUCCAUCAUUUUAACACAUGUCAUCCGAGCCCAGCGGGCCAUCAACAAUGAGAUGGCGCAUCAGCUGUAUGUUCUGCAAGUGCUCACCUUUAACCUCCUGGAAGACAGGAUGAUGACCAAAAUGGACCCCCAGGACCAGGCUCAGAGGGACAUCAUAUUUGAACUUCGAAGAAUUGCUUUUGAUGCUGAGUCUGAACCUAAUAACAGCAGUGGCAGCAUGGAGAAACGCAAGUCCAUGUACACGCGAGAUUAUAAGAAGCUUGGCUUCAUUAAUCAUGUCAACCCUGCCAUGGACUUCACGCAGACUCCACCUGGGAUGUUGGCUCUGGACAACAUGCUGUACUUUGCCAAGCACCACCAAGAUGCCUACAUCCGGAUUGUGCUUGAGAACAGUAGCCGAGAAGACAAGCAUGAAUGUCCCUUUGGCCGCAGUAGUAUAGAGCUGACCAAGAUGCUAUGUGAGAUCUUGAAAGUGGGCGAGUUGCCUAGUGAGACCUGCAACGACUUCCACCCAAUGUUCUUCACCCACGACAGAUCCUUUGAGGAGUUUUUUUGCAUCUGUAUCCAGCUCCUGAACAAGACAUGGAAGGAAAUGAGGGCAACUUCUGAAGAUUUCAACAAGGUAAUGCAGGUGGUGAAGGAGCAGGUUAUGAGAGCACUUACAACCAAGCCUAGCUCCCUGGACCAGUUCAAGAGCAAACUGCAGAACCUGAGCUACACUGAGAUCCUGAAAAUCCGCCAGUCCGAGAGGAUGAACCAGGAAGAUUUCCAGUCCCGCCCGAUUUUGGAACUAAAGGAGAAGAUUCAGCCAGAAAUCUUAGAGCUGAUCAAACAGCAACGCCUGAACCGCCUUGUGGAAGGGACCUGCUUUAGGAAACUCAAUGCCCGGCGGAGGCAAGACAAGUUUUGGUAUUGUCGGCUUUCACCAAAUCACAAAGUCCUGCAUUACGGAGACUUAGAAGAGAGUCCUCAGGGAGAAGUGCCCCACGAUUCCUUGCAGGACAAACUGCCGGUGGCAGAUAUCAAAGCCGUGGUGACGGGAAAGGACUGCCCUCAUAUGAAAGAGAAAGGUGCCCUUAAACAAAACAAGGAGGUGCUUGAACUCGCUUUCUCCAUCUUGUAUGACUCAAACUGCCAACUGAACUUCAUCGCUCCUGACAAGCAUGAGUACUGUAUCUGGACGGAUGGACUGAAUGCGCUACUCGGGAAAGACAUGAUGAGCGACCUGACGCGGAAUGACCUGGACACCCUGCUCAGCAUGGAAAUCAAGCUCCGCCUCCUGGACCUGGAAAACAUCCAGAUCCCUGACGCACCUCCGCCAAUUCCCAAGGAGCCCAGCAACUAUGACUUCGUCUAUGACUGUAACUGAAGUGGCCGGGCCCAGACAUGCCCCUUCCAAAACUGGAACGCCUAGCUAACAGGAGAGAGGAAUGAAAACACACCCACGCCUUGGAACCCUCCUUUGGUAAAGGGAAGCUGUGGGUCCACACUCCCUUCAGCAUCACCUCUAGCCCCGGCAACUUUCAGCCCCUAGCUGGCAUCUUGCUCACUGCCCUGAUUCUGUUCUUCGGCUCCACUGUUUCAGGUCCCUUCCCAUGGCUGCAGUCCACUGGUGGGACAAGAACAAAGCCCACUGCUAGUAAGAAGGCCGAAGGGCCCUUCCAUCCUAGCCCCCUGCAGGCAUGCCCUUCCUUCCCUGGGGCAGGAAAGCCAGCAGCCCCAGACUGCCCCAAAACUUGCCCACCGGACCAAGGGGAGUGCCCCAAGGCCCCUGUCUGGAGGAAAUGGCCUAGCUAUUUGAUGAGAAGACGAAACCCACACCCUCCUUUCCCUUCUCUCUAGAAUCAUCUCGCACCACCAGUUACACUUGAAUUAAGAUCUGCGCUCAAAUUUCCUCCCACCUCUCUCCCUGCUUUUGCCUUGCUCUGUUCCUCUUUGGUCCCAAGAGCAGCAGCCGCAGCCUUCUUGUGAUCCUCCCUAGCAUAAGUUUCCCAAACAGUCCACAGGUCCCACGCCCACUUUGCGUCUGCACUGUGAUCGUGACAAAUCUUCCCUCCUCACCAGCUAGUCUGGGGUUUCCUCUCCCUGCCCCAGGCCAGAACUGCCUUCUUCAUUUCCACCCACGCUCCCAGCCUCUUAGCUGAAAGCACAAAUGGUGAAAUCAGUAGUCUCGCUCCAUCUCUAAUAGACUAAACCUAAAUGCCUCUAGGAUGGGCUGUUGCUAUCCAAGCGUUUGGUGUUACCUUCUCCUGGGAGGUCCUGCUGCAACACAAGUUCCACAGGAUGGUCAAGCUGUCAGCCAUCCAAGUUUACAUCAUUGUAAUUAUUACUGGUAUUUACAAUUUGCAAGAGUUUUGGGUUAGUUUUUUUUUUUUUUUUGCUUUGUUUUUGUACAAAAGAGUCUAACAUUUUUUGCCAAACAGAUAUAUAUUUAAUGAAAAGAAGAGAUACAUAAA